ACUUUCAAGUGACAGUUACUAAAAUUUAUUCUACGACUGUAAUCUGUGAUAAAUGUCGUCAAUCAUCAUUCAAAUUAUUUGUUAUUUAUUUAUUAUUAUAUAAAAACAAAACAGUACAUCAAUAACGUGGCAAUUUCAUAUAGCAACUAUUUCUUAUCCACUAAAUGAAUUUUAUUGCCACGCUUUACUGUUGAAUGAUCUUAUUGCUGAAGUUAUCAUGAAUACAGGAUCUCCAGAUAAUGUGUUUUACGAAGAUGUACCUGAAGGAAAUCUCAACGAAGAUUUUUUUUGUACUGAAAAGAUUGUUCCCAGAAAGAUAAAACCACAAAACAUUGUAAUAAGAUUAAUGAAUAGAGAAAUUUAUGGCUCUCGAAAGCCAGGAUCACACUUCCAUGUUGUGCGUGAAUUUUACCAAAACGUUUUCCCCAAUUUAACUAUUGUAAAUGUAGAAAAGCCCCCUUGUUUUCUUCGGAAGUUUAGCCCUGACGGCAAACAUUUUAUAGCAUUCUCAGCAGAUCAAACAUCUCUAGAGAUUUACGAAUAUCGAGGAGCUGCAGCAGCAGGUGAUUUGGUUGCAGGUUAUCCUUCAGACCUGUUGAAUGCAGAUGCUGAUGCACAUCACAGAAUAAGAACACAUAUAUUUUAUAGAUUUUUUAAGCCUAAAUUUACUGUAAAUGUGUGCCAACAAAGAAUAGUUGGAAGACAUGAGCGAAAUGGUGGGCAGCUCCCACUCAUGGAACAGCAAUUGAAUAGGGAAUGUAGUCUUUUUACUGAAGAUGGCAGAUAUGUCAUUGUGGGAUCAGCAGCUCAUAUUCCUGAUGACUUACGCCCACACUUUUACAACAUACACAGCAAUAAUGAAGCUGUUACACCAACUAUUAGAUCAGCAUUAGAAGACUACUCGCUGCACUUAGUUGACCUACAUCAUGGGAAAUUAUGUGAUACUAAACAUUUUAGAACUGACAAAAUUUAUCUCUCACACAAUCAGGGUAUCUAUUUGUAUAAAGAGGUUUUAGCUGUACUCUCAGUACAACAUCAGACUAUUCAUCUCUUCCAAAUAGUGGAAGGCAUGUUGAUAGAAAUAAGAAAAAUAGGAAGAUUUUGUUAUGAUGACGAUCCAUUUAUAGUGAGUUCUGUCUUUGCACCUAUACUAAAUGAGAGACCAUUCCAUGAAGAAACAAUUAAUAGUUUAAAACAUAGACUUCUAGUUUUUCUAUUUAAAAGAGCCAAAUUUAUCAGUGAUGAAACAAAGGACCCAUUGGAACUUAGGAAGUUUUAUAAAUACUUUGAUAUGUUUAAAAGUUUAAGAAUGUGGAAAAUGCAACUAUUGGAUGAAGAUCAUCUUUUUAUCAAAUAUGCUAGCGAAGAGGUGGUAACCCUGAGAGUUGCAGAACCUAACAGCCAAUCAUCUUUUUUUGUUAUUUACAAUAUCAGUGAAAGCAAAAUAUUAGAAGUAUAUGAAAACACAUCUGAAGGACUUUUACAAUUAUUUGAAAAUUACUGUGAUUGCUUCAGAAAUGCAAGAUUGUGUGCAGAUUCACAAUUUACAUGUUCACCAUCGAAUAACCUGUUUGCUAGGUUAACUCAACAGCGCUUCAAACAAACAAUAGUAAGGGCAAUUUAUGGCGGAAAAACAGAAGCAACUAAGAGAAUUUUAGCUCAAUUGCCAAUCAGUGCUCAGUCAUACAGUGGCUCCCCUUACUUGGAUCUGGGCCUAUUUAGUUAUGAUGACAAGUGGGUGUCAGUUAUGGAAAGACCCAAAGCAUAUGGGGAAUAUCCUAUUAGAUUCUACGCCCGCGACUCUGGAUUACUAAAAUUUAAAAUAUAUGCAGGAGUAUUGGGUCAAUCUGUUCCAGCGAGUGCCCGCAGGCUUGUUGCAUUUACAUUUCAUCCAACUGACCCCUUUGCAAUUAGUGUGCAAAGAACAAAUUCUGAAUACAUAGUCAACUUUCACAUAAGAAAUGCAGUUUUUAGUUGACAUCCUUUUAUAUAUGUUCUAUUUGAUGUCACUCAAACCAACAUUUAGGGCAUUAUUGUUUUUGUUAUGCAAAUUAUGUACAAUUAAAUUUUAUUGCGGUUAUGCAGUUUAGGAUUGAGUAUUGGAGAGCAUGUGUAUUAAUUUGAAAGUGUAAAAAUAUUUUAUUACGAGUUAUCGGGAUAGGAACUCUAUGCAAGUAACAUUGAUAUUAUAAAUUGCACUUAAAAACAUUCAACUAUUGGCAAAAAGUGAUUUCAAUCUACAGUACAUCAGACUACUAUACUGUCACUAUAAAGCGAGUUCCUGUCCUGUCAUAAAGAUUGAUUAAAUCCUAUUUAGGUUUUAUUUUUAAUAUGUUUGACAUAAAUGACAAUUAUUACUAUACUACAUACCAAAAAAAUGGUACAAAAAUCACACUAUUUAUAAUAAAAUAGCUGCAAGAUGUAAACCAAAACUAAUAGUAGUUCCUCCAUUAUUACAAUGCAGUUUAAUCAACCAUUUAAUAGUGGAUUUCAGAAUGAACAGUUCUGCCCAUAUUAUGCACCACGUAAGUUGUUAUGUACUCCGUAAAUGUGUAACAUUCAGCGAACAAAUG